CUUAAAGAAUUGUUUAAGGGUUUAAGCGCGGGAGACAAAUUGACUGAACAUUCGGACGCCACCACAAGAAUUGUUUAAAGGGUUCUUCUUCAUGGAAGCUGCUUAAUCGAAGAACCCAAACAGUUUGAAAGUUGCAGUCUCCAUCCGACAUGCUUAUCCCUCGUUUCACUCCAAUUCGUGAGCUCGCUGCUUUCAGAUUUCCAAUGAGCACCAGACCAGUCUCUUUCAUCUCACAACCAAGAAUCAUCUCUUCCUCUAACAACCUAUUCCACAGUGCCACCCUUCUAAUUCAUCCAUUCCCUUCCAACUCUAAACCUCGAACUCGUCUUUUCUCUAUUGGAACUCUUCGUUCUUCAUAUACUUCAGCUGCAAGAAUACCCAGACCAGUCACCGUGGAGAAUCCAGACCCACGUAGAUUGGAAUCUAAUAUGACGAUUCUGCGGCGGAAACUGCAGGAGAUUGGGAUUGAGUUUCGUGCUUCCGUCCCGGGACAGUACAAUCACUUGCUUUGUCCUUCGUGCAAGGGGGGAGAUUCACGAGAGCAGACCUUAUCUCUGUUCUUUUCUCCGGAUGGUAAUACCGCUUCUUGGACCUGUUUUCGGGGAAAAUGUGGAUGGCAUGGUAGUACACAGGCCUUCGCUGAUGGGAAGUUAAUCCCCCGCACAAAUUUGAAGGCAACCACUUCAGUUAAGGGACCGAGAGUAAUAUCAGAGGAAAGCUUGCAGUUGCAACCGCUUUGCAAUGAACUUCUUGCGUACUUUGCGGAGCGAAUGAUAUCAAGGGAGACACUGGAGAGAAAUACUGUUAUGCAGAAAAAAACUUACGAUGAGAUUGCUAUUGCUUUUCCUUUCCGUAGAAAUGGAAAGCUUGUAAGCUGCAAAUACCGUACUAGUAACAAGAAAUUUUGGCAGGAAGCAGAUACGGAGAAGGUACUUUACGGACUUGAUGAUAUAAAGGACGUCAAUGACAUAAUCAUUGUUGAGGGUGAGAUUGACAAACUUGCUAUGGAAGAAGCUGGAUUUAGGAAUUGUGUUAGUGUUCCUGAUGGUGCACCUCCAAAAGUUUCCAAUAAAACGUUGCCUUCUGAACAAGAGGACGUAAAGUAUCAGUAUCUAUGGAACUGUAAGGAGUACCUGGAAAAGGCAGUUCGUAUCAUACUUGCCACUGACGGUGAUCCACCUGGUCAGGCCCUAGCAGAAGAGCUUGCACGCCGUCUUGGAAGAGAAAGAUGUUGGAGAGUUAAUUGGCCAGAAAAGAAUGAUGGUGGUCAUUUCAAAGACGCAAAUGAGGUGCUUAUGCAUAUGGGACCAGAUGUUCUGAAGGAAGUCAUUGAAAAAGCUGAAUUAUAUCCUAUCAAAGGAUUGUUUGAUUUUAGGGAUUACUUCACUGAGAUUGAUGCAUACUAUAAUCGAACUCUUGGCCAUGAGUUUGGAAUGUCCACUGGCUGGAGGUCUUUGAAUCCAUUGUAUAACGUUGUUCCUGGAGAGUUGACAAUAGUAUCAGGAGUUCCUAAUUCUGGCAAGAGUGAAUGGAUUGAUGCUCUUUUGUGCAACCUCAAUCAUUCAGCUGGAUGGAAAUUCGUGUUGUGUUCAAUGGAAAAUAAGGUUUCAGAGCAUGCAAGGAAGCUUUUGGAGAAGCACGCAAGAAAGCCCUUCUUUCAGGCAAGGUAUUGUGAAUCUGUUGAGAGAAUGACUGCUGAUGAUUUAGAGGAAGGAAAAAAAUGGUUGAGCAAUACAUUUUAUUUGAUAAGGUGUGAAAACGAAAGUCUUCCUAAUAUUGAUUGGAUUCUUAAACUUGCAAAAGCAGCAGUACUAAGACACGGUGUUAAUGGACUUGUAAUUGAUCCAUAUAAUGAACUUGACCAUCAACGUCUUGGUAGCCAAACUGAAACAGAAUAUGUAAGUCAGAUGCUAACUAAGGUGAAGAGAUUCGCACAGCAUCAUUCUUGCCAUGUUUGGUUGGUUGCUCAUCCAAGACAACUGCAUAACUGGACUGGGGAUCCGCCAAAUCUAUAUGAUAUAAGUGGAAGUGCACAUUUCAUUAACAAAUGUGAUAACGGAAUUGUUAUUCAUCGAAAUAGGAACCCGGAGACCGGUCCAAUUGAUCGAGUUCAAGUUUGUGUAAGAAAGGUGCGUAAUAAAGUCGCAGGUACAGUUGGCGAUGCUCUAUUAUCCUAUAACAGGGUAACGGGUGAGUUCAUGGAUCUGGCAUAGAACUCGAGAACACCACCGCCAAGAAAAACAAUCAUAUUUAUCAUUAUCCAUUCAACCUCCUCAAUAUCAAGAACUUGUUUUUGAUAGCCUGAGGUGCAAUUUUGUUUGAUUAGGAUGAUGGGGUUCUUAAAUCAAGCCACCUCACCACCCCAACCAAAACCCAAUGAUAUGUAGGUUAUGAUGUAAAAAUCGACGAGAAGGACCAUCUUCAUUUGGGUUAGUCAUCUUCGUGUUUCUUGUACAAUAUCUAGUCACAUUGUUUGUUGAGGUGUACCGAACUGGUCAUGACAGCUUAAAAUUGAGGUUUUGACAUUGCUUUACUAUCAAUGAUUGAUUAGUUACCUAUUAUUAUUAUUA